CAAAAGAAGCUGGAAUUAAGUCCUAUGUUCAUACUCUGUUUUUUUUCUUUUUUUGAUUUUUUCGAGCUAAUAGGCUUUAGAAAUCCUACCACAGGUUCUAAAUUUCUCCGUCUACUUCGAUUUUUAUCUCCUUUGACAGUAAAGGCCUAUAAAAUAUCUGUCCACUGCACGGAAAUGCAGAAGCUAUGAACCAAAUAUACAAACAACUCUCAUUUAUGAAGUUACGAUACCCUCUCACAGCUAUGCGGAACGGUUGCUUCCUGAUCCCUUUCACAGUGAUACUAUGGAGCAGUUUUGUUGCGACCUUGGUGGCUGAUAGAGUAACCAGCAUUAACACUGAUCAAGAUGCUCUUCUUGCCUUGGAAGACCACAUCGUUAAUGACCCUCAAAACCUGCUGACUACCAACUGGACUGCUACUACCUCUGUUUGCGACUGGGUUGGUGUCACUUGUGGAACUCGCCACCGUAGGGUCAGAGCCUUGAAACUCUCUCACAUGGGUCUUACAGGUACCAUCCCUCCACAUCUGGGAAACUUGUCAUAUCUAGUUUUUGCCUCCUUCUAUAAUAAUAGUUUCAGUGGCUCUCUCCCGGACGAGUUGGCUAAGUUACGUAGGCUAAAAUACUUCAGCAUACAAAAGAACUACUUCGGCGGGGAGAUCCCAUCAUGGCUUGGGUCCUUUACUAGGCUCCACACGUUGUCUCUAGCUAAUAACAGUUUCACUGGUGCGAUUCCACCGUCAUUGUUCCACCUCUCAGAGCUAGAUGGCUUGGACUUGUCCAACAAUGAUCUUCAAGGGCACAUUCCAAGAGAGAUUGGCAAGCUUCCCAAGUUGAGGAUACUGUAUUUGAGUCAUACUGGCCUUUCAGGUUCCAUCCCCUCCGCAGUCUUCAACAUUUCGUCAUUGCAGGUCAUUGAUCUUACUGGAAACAUGCUCUCAGGUUCCUUUCCCUCAGCUAAUGUCACCAUGUCCUCACUUCGGAUUAUUGACUUUGGUUUCAAUAAUCUAACUAGUAGCCUGCCAUCAAAUUUGUUCAACAAUCUUCCCAAUCUGGAAGGAUUGUACUUGAGUAGGAACCUAUUUCAUGGCCAAAUUCCUGCAGCUUUAUUUGGAUGCACACAACUGUACAACCACUGA